CCUCCCUCUCCGCUCUCCCCCCCUCCUUUUUUUCCCCCCACGACCAAUUUUCUGAUCGAUGCUGGGAUUCAAGGAGUGAAUCUCAGAACAGGAAGCAGGCGAAGAGACGACGGAAUACUGCAGAGGUUCCUUUGUUGCUUUUAUGGGGAGGUUCUUUAUUUCUUUCCUUUUUCAUUUCAGUGAAAUCAAGAGUUUACAAGCUUCUUUGCCCAGGAAACUGUACCUGCAGUAGAAGGAGCCUCUCAUCAUCUAUCUACAAGUGCAUGGAUAUUUCUUAUGCUAUGAUUUUUAAUUCUCUUUUAAUCAGCACUUUUUUGUGAGAGAGGCUAAACAGUAAUUAAGAGGUGCAGGAUGAAAAGAUGGCACAAUCAGUGCUGGUACCACCAGGACCCGACAGCUUCCGCUAUUUCACAAGAGAAUCACUUGCAGCUAUUGAACAGCGUAUCAAUGAAGAGAAAGCUACAAAAUCCAAACAAGAACGCAAAGAUGAUGAUGAUGAAGAUGGCCCGAAACCAAACAGUGACUUGGAGGCAGGAAAGACACUGCCAUUUAUUUAUGGUGACAUACCUCCAGGAAUGGUGUCCGAGCCCUUGGAAGACCUGGACCCAUAUUAUAUCAAUAAAAAAACCUUUAUAGUAUUGAAUAAAGGGAAGGCAAUAUUCCGAUUCAGUGCCACCUCUGCCCUGUACAUGUUAACUCCUUUCAAUCCUCUUAGAAAAAUAGCUAUUAAGAUUUUGGUACAUUCAUUAUUCAGCAUGCUUAUCAUGUGCACUAUUUUGACCAACUGCGUAUUUAUGACUAUGAGUAACCCUCCAGACUGGACAAAGAAUGUAGAAUACACAUUCACUGGAAUUUAUACCUUUGAAUCACUUAUUAAAAUUCUUGCAAGGGGCUUCUGUUUAGAAGAUUUUACGUUUCUCCGAGACCCAUGGAAUUGGCUAGAUUUCACUGUCAUUACAUUUGCAUAUGUGACAGAGUUUGUGGACCUGGGCAAUGUCUCAGCGUUGAGAACAUUCAGAGUUCUCCGAGCUUUGAAAACAAUAUCAGUCAUUCCAGGCCUGAAGACUAUAGUGGGAGCCCUGAUUCAGUCUGUGAAGAAGCUCUCAGAUGUGAUGAUCCUGACUGUGUUUUGUCUGAGUGUAUUUGCACUGAUAGGGCUGCAGCUGUUCAUGGGCAACCUGAGGAAUAAAUGCCUGCAGUGGCCUCCAGACAAUUCUACUUUCGAAACAACUGUUAUUUCCAUCUUUAAUAGCUCUAUAGGUGAAAAUGGUACAUUUAUUAAUGCAACAAUGACAACAUUUAACUGGGAUGAAUACAUCGAAGACAAAAGUCACUUCUACUUCUUGGAAGGACAAAAUGAUGCACUGCUGUGUGGCAAUAGCUCAGAUGCAGGUCAAUGCCCAGAAGGAUAUAUAUGUGUGAAAGCUGGUAGAAACCCCAACUAUGGCUACACAAGUUUUGAUACAUUCAGUUGGGCAUUCUUGUCACUGUUUCGAUUGAUGACUCAGGACUUUUGGGAGAAUCUUUACCAGCUGACUCUGCGUGCUGCUGGGAAGACAUACAUGAUAUUUUUUGUUUUGGUCAUUUUCCUGGGUUCUUUCUACCUGAUCAACUUGAUCCUGGCUGUGGUUGCCAUGGCCUACGAAGAACAAAAUCAAGCAACAAUGGAAGAAGCAGAGCAGAAAGAGGCAGAAUUUCAGCAAAUGCUGGAGCAACUUAAAAAGCAACAGGAAGAAGCUCAGGCGGCGGCAGCAGCUGCAGCAGCUGACUCAAGAGAUUAUAGUGGAGUAGGUGGAAUAGGUGGAUUCUCCGAAAGUUCUUCUGAGGCAUCAAAACUGAGCUCAAAGAGUGCUAAAGAGAGAAGAAAUAGAAGAAAGAAAAAAAAGCAAAAAGAACAGUCUGAAGGCGAGGAGAAGGAUGGGGAAGAAUUUCACAAAUCUGCAUCAGAGGACAGCAUCAAAAAGAAAGGUUUCCGAUUUUCCAUUGAGGGGAAUAGAUUGACGUAUGAAAAGAGAUUCUCUUCCCCACACCAGUCUUUGCUGAGCAUUCGUGGCUCUCUGUUCUCACCAAGGCGCAACAGCAGAACAAGUCUUUUCAGCUUCAGAGGUCGAGCAAAGGAUGUAGGAUCAGAAAAUGACUUUGCUGAUGAUGAGCACAGCACUUUUGAAGACAAUGAGAGCAGAAGAGAUUCUCUCUUUGUUCCUCAUAGACACGGUGAACGGCGCAACAGUAACAUUAGCCAGGCCAGCAGGUCAUCCAGAACAGUACCUGCACUUCCAGCAAAUGGGAAGAUGCACAGCACUGUGGAUUGCAAUGGAGUAGUUUCUUUAGUUGGUGGGCCACCAGCUUUGACAUCGCCUACGGGACAGCUUCUGCCAGAGGUGAUGAUUGAUAAAGCAGCCACUGCUAGCAAUGGCACUACUACAGAAACUGACUUAAGAAAGAGACAUUCUAGUUCUUACCAUGUUCCUAUGGACUACCUAACAGACCCUAGUGCAAGGCAAAGGGCAAUGAGUAUAGCCAGCAUGCUUACAAACACAAUGGAAGAACUGGAAGAAUCCAGACAGAAAUGUCCACCAUGCUGGUAUAAAUUUGCUAACACUUGCUUGAUUUGGGACUGCUGUACUCCCUGGCUGAAAGUCAAACAUAUUGUAAAUUUGAUUGUGAUGGACCCAUUUGUUGAUCUGGCCAUUACCAUCUGCAUCGUCCUGAACACCCUGUUCAUGGCCAUGGAGCACUACCCAAUGACAGAACAGUUUAGUGGUGUGCUUUCAGUAGGAAACCUUGUGUUCACUGGAAUUUUCACAGCAGAAAUGUUUCUCAAGAUUAUUGCCAUGGAUCCUUAUUAUUAUUUUCAAGAGGGCUGGAAUAUUUUUGAUGGUUUUAUUGUGAGUCUUAGUUUAAUGGAACUUGGCCUUGCAAAUGUAGAAGGAUUAUCCGUCCUUCGAUCAUUCCGAUUGCUUCGAGUUUUCAAAUUGGCAAAAUCUUGGCCAACCCUAAAUAUGCUGAUUAAGAUUAUUGGCAACUCCGUGGGGGCUCUGGGGAAUCUGACCCUGGUGCUGGCCAUCAUCGUGUUCAUUUUUGCUGUGGUUGGGAUGCAGCUGUUUGGGAAAAGCUACAAGGAAUGCGUCUGCAAGAUCUCCAGUGACUGUGAACUUCCUCGCUGGCACAUGCAUGACUUUUUCCACUCUUUCCUGAUUGUGUUUCGAGUGCUGUGUGGAGAAUGGAUAGAAACGAUGUGGGACUGCAUGGAGGUUGCAGGCCAAACCAUGUGCCUUACAGUCUUCAUGAUGGUCAUGGUGAUUGGAAACCUAGUGGUACUCAACCUAUUUCUGGCCUUGCUGCUGAGCUCAUUUAGUUCAGACAACCUUGCUGCUACAGAUGAUGAUAAUGAAAUGAACAAUCUCCAGAUUGCUGUGGCAAGGAUUCAGAAAGGCAUAGAUUACGUGAAGAGGAAAGUGCGUGAAUUCAUCCAAAAAGCCUUUGUUAGAAAACAGAAAGUUUUAGAUGAAAUCAAACCUCUUGAAGACCUAAAUAAUAAAAAAGACAGCUGUAUUUCAAACCAUACAAUAGUGGACAUAGGUAAAAACCUUGCCUAUCUCAAAGAUGGAAAUGGAACUACCAGUGGCAUAGGCAGCAGUGUGGAAAAAUAUGUUGUUGAUGAAAGUGAUUACAUGUCAUUCAUAAACAACCCAAGUCUCACUGUGACAGUGCCCAUUGCUGUUGGAGAAUCAGAUUUUGAAAAUUUAAACACAGAGGAGUUCAGCAGUGAAUCAGACCUGGAAGAAAGCAAAGAGAAAUUGAAUGCAUCCAGUUCAUCAGAGGGCAGCACAGUUGAUAUUGGACUACCUCCAGAAGGUGAACAGCCAGAAGCAGAACCUGAAGAAGUUCUAGAGCCAGAAGCUUGUUUUACAGAAGGGUGUGUACGGAGAUUCAAAUGCUGUCAAGUCAGUGUAGAAGAAGGAAAGGGGAAAAUCUGGUGGAAUCUUAGGAAAACCUGCUAUAAGAUUGUUGAACACAACUGGUUUGAGACCUUCAUAGUCUUCAUGAUUCUUCUCAGCAGCGGUGCUCUGGCUUUUGAAGAUAUCUACAUUGAGCAACGUAAAACUAUCAAGACCAUGCUGGAAUAUGCUGACAAAGUUUUCACCUAUAUCUUCAUUCUGGAAAUGCUUUUAAAAUGGGUUGCUUAUGGCUUUCAAACCUACUUCACUAAUGCAUGGUGCUGGCUGGACUUCCUGAUUGUUGAUGUCUCUUUGGUUAGCUUAACAGCCAAUGCCUUGGGCUACUCAGAACUUGGUGCGAUUAAAUCCCUUAGGACACUAAGAGCUUUGAGACCUCUAAGAGCCUUGUCGCGAUUUGAAGGGAUGAGGGUUGUGGUGAAUGCCCUGUUAGGAGCAAUUCCAUCCAUUAUGAAUGUGCUUCUUGUUUGCCUUAUAUUCUGGCUGAUAUUUAGUAUCAUGGGAGUAAAUCUAUUUGCUGGAAAGUUUUACUACUGUGUUAACACAACAACCGAUGAGAGAUUUGAUAUCAGCCAAAUUAACAACUUCAGUCAAUGUGAGGAGCUCAUACAAAACAAUGAAACUGCCCGGUGGAAGAAUGUGAAGGUUAACUUUGACAAUGUAGGCCUUGGUUACCUUUCUCUGCUCCAAGUGGCUACAUUUAAAGGAUGGAUGGACAUCAUGUACGCAGCUGUGGAUUCUCGUAAUGUUUUGGAUCAGCCAAAGUAUGAAGAUAACCUGUACAUGUAUCUUUACUUUGUCAUCUUUAUCAUCUUUGGAUCAUUUUUUACCUUGAACCUCUUUAUUGGUGUCAUCAUAGACAAUUUCAACCAGCAGAAAAAGAAGUUUGGAGGUCAAGAUAUUUUUAUGACAGAAGAACAGAAGAAAUACUACAAUGCAAUGAAAAAAUUGGGUUCAAAGAAACCACAAAAGCCUAUACCUCGACCAGCAAACAAAUUCCAAGGCAUGGUCUUUGAUUUUGUAACAAAACAAGCAUUUGAUAUCAGUAUCAUGAUACUUAUCUGCCUUAACAUGGUCACAAUGAUGGUAGAAACAGAUGACCAGAGUGAAGACAUGGAAAACAUUUUAUAUUGGAUUAACCUGGUGUUUAUCGUACUUUUCACUGGAGAAUUUGUCCUGAAAUUGAUUUCACUUCGUCAUUACUACUUUACUAUAGGUUGGAAUAUUUUUGAUUUUGUGGUUGUGAUUCUCUCCAUAGUAGGUAUGUUCUUAGCUGAGAUGAUUGAGAAGUACUUUGUAUCUCCCACACUAUUCAGAGUCAUCCGGCUUGCCAGAAUCGGUCGAAUCCUGCGCCUCAUUAAAGGCGCUAAGGGAAUCCGCACUCUGCUUUUUGCUUUGAUGAUGUCUCUUCCUGCUUUGUUCAACAUUGGGCUGCUGCUCUUCCUGGUCAUGUUCAUCUACGCCAUAUUUGGCAUGUCCAACUUUGCCUAUGUCAAGAGGGAAGUUGGGAUUGAUGACAUGUUCAACUUUGAGACGUUUGGCAACAGCAUGAUCUGCCUGUUUCAGAUCACCACAUCCGCUGGCUGGGACGGUUUGCUCGCCCCAAUUCUGAACAGUGGGGAGCCAGACUGUGACCCUCAUAAAGAUCAUCCAGGGAGCUCUGUGAAAGGUGACUGUGGCAACCCUUCCGUUGGGAUUUUCUUCUUUGUCAGCUACAUUAUCAUAUCCUUCCUGGUGGUGGUGAACAUGUACAUUGCUGUGAUUUUGGAGAACUUCAGUGUUGCAACUGAAGAAAGUGCUGAACCCUUGAGCGAGGAUGACUUUGAGAUGUUCUAUGAAGUCUGGGAGAAGUUCGAUCCCGAUGCAACACAAUUCAUAGAGUUCAGUAAAUUAUCAGAUUUUGCAGCUUCAUUAGAUCCACCUCUUCUCAUAGCAAAACCAAACAAGGUGCAGCUUAUUGCAAUGGAUCUGCCCAUGGUGAGCGGUGACAGAAUUCACUGCCUUGACAUCUUGUUUGCUUUCACAAAGCGUGUGUUGGGGGAAAGUGGGGAGAUGGACGCCCUCAGAAUACAGAUGGAAGAUCGGUUUAUGGCAGCCAAUCCUUCUAAAGUCUCCUAUGAACCAAUUACAACCACACUGAAGCGAAAGCAGGAGGAGGUGUCUGCUGUCAUCAUUCAGCGUGCUUACAGACGUCACCUUUUAAGGCAAAAAGUCAAAAAAGUAUCAUGUAUAUUUAGUCAGGAUAAAGGUAAAGAGGAAGAUGAUCUGCCCAUGAAAGAAGAUAUGAUUAUGGAUAAACUAAAUGAGAACUCCACUCCAGAAAAAACAGAUAUGACCCCAUCCACAACCUCCCCACCUUCUUAUGACAGUGUAACAAAGCCAGACAAGGAUAAAUAUGAAAAAGACAAAUCAGAAAAAGAAGAUAAAGGAAUUAAAUAGAAAACUUGUAUAAUUGAUCACAUCAGGACAUUUUGUGUUCCUUACACAAGCAAAAAUUCAAUGUUGACUCCUCCUUUUACAAAAAUAUUGACUUGUGUGUCGGUGAACUGCAUGCAGGAAAAUGCUAUUACCAUAAAGAACAGUAAACCACAUUACAGUUGAGCCAAAAGAAUAAAGACUUCAUUUUUUAUUGUA